AUGGAGCUUGUGCGGCGGGGUCUGUGCCUUCUGCGGCCGGCAGCCUGCGGUGCGCUGCGGCUGCAGCUACGCCCAAUCGCGUCGACGCGGUGCCUACCGCAGGGAUCGCGCGGCGGACACUACCGUCCCUUCUCCUCGGAAGACGAGGCGCAGUUGGUGGCGAUCCUCACAUCAAAGCCGCGGCAUGUCGCCCGCUACGUGCGUCAGUCGAUGCUCCGCUCGCGGCGCAGGAUCACGCAGUUUCGCAACAGCGUGACCUUCUUGAUGAUAGUCCUGCAGUCCAAGCUGCAGAGGGGCGAGAUCUCCCCGGCGGACGCGUCGGCGCUGACGGAGAGCCUCAUGAAGGAGUGUGUUGAGCUGCGUCAGGGGGACAUGGCCCACCUGCUGUUCCGCGCCUCGAUUCGGUUUCGCAAGUACGGCAUGACGGUGGGCUUCCAGUUGGUAAAGCAUCUCUUUGACUCGUACCGUGUUGACAACGCCAAGGAUCUCAUGAAGAACAUGGCGGAUGAGCUGCGCGGCGAUGAAUCGCUUAGGAUGCUAGCGGUUCUCGCGUACCAAUUCGCCGGGCACAACGCCGAGGCCCACGCGCUGCUGCAGGAGAUCCCAGAGGGGAAGCUCACUACUGCCGAUUACGCCGCACUCAUCGAGGCGUACGGCAUGACGGCGAAGUAUGAUGACAUCAUGGCGCUCAUGCGGCGCCUCUCGACGGCAGACGCAUCGUGCCGCCAGCGUCUCGACCUCGACGCGCUAUUCUCCACCGGCAUCGUUGCGAUCCGCGGUGAUGUCGGCAUGAUGGAGGAUCUGAAAGACAUGGCGAGUCAACACAAUGCCGUGUUGUCCGAGCAGGCGGUGGGUGCGCUAAUGCGGUCCCGUCUGCAGAGCGUCCGCACCGUGGCGGCGGUGUAUGAGGCGGAGGCGGCGCUUCGCCGCGACCUCGCCGUAGCAUCGCUCGGCAUGGCGGCGGAGACGGCGGUGAUUGCAAAGUGCAGCGAGAUACUGUCACGGAGUCAGAAGGCGAGUGAUGAUGUGAUGCUGCAAAAGGUGUUGCAUUUGGAGAAUGUUGUAGAGGAGUGCGUUGCGAACGACACCGCUGAGGAUCUAGAGCCGUCGUACCUGCUGUCACUGAUCAAAGGGUAUGGCGUGCUGGGCCGCUUCGACGAUAUGAAGCGCUGCUUCAAUCGACUCAACGAUGCAGGUGUGGUGCGGGACCACCGACUCUAUGACGAGAUGCUCCGCUGGUACGCACACGCGUAUAACCUUAAGGAGGUAAUUGCCUUGAAAGAAGAGAUGCGAGAGAAACAUAUCUUCCACACCUCCCAGACUUACCAGCAUGUCUUCCGCGUCCUGGAUAAGUACUACCCCCGCAUGGUUGAGAAGUACAUGAAUGAGAUGCGCAGCAAGGGGAUUCAGAUUGAGGCCUUCAUGUACCCCACACUCCUGCGUGUGUUUGGAGAGCUGCAGGAUCUCUCCAUGGUGGAGCAGCUCUACCGCGAGAUCAAGAGCAAGGCAGCUUCUGGUAGCACCGCUGCCUUCUCCCCAGCUGUCGUGGUGCAACUGCUAAAGUCGUAUCAGCACGACACGGACCGAUGUGAGUCAAUCAUACGUGAGGCGGAGAAUUACGGGUUGCUGGCUAGUGAAAUGGUACAAGCAGAGAUUGUACAGUACUAUUCAAUCCAUGACCGCUACACAGACCUCCACGCAUUGGUCUCUCGCCUGCCGUACAAGUCGCCGGACAUGUACCGCGUUCUCCUCCGCGACGCCUCGAAGCGGCGGGACCGCCGUGCCUUUAACGCUCUCCUUAAGGAUAUGCAUGAAAACCGUGUCAAGAUCAAUGAACGCAUCUUUGGUGUUGUGGUGACGGCACUGGGCCACUUCAAUGACCUUGAUGGCGUCAAGCAGUACUUUCAUGAAGCCCUCAUGAACGAUGCGGUGCGCACACCAUUGUUCUUUGCCAUAGCUGCUGCCGCAUUCGCCCGUCUUGGUGAUGCACAAGGGAUAGAUGAGUGCUGGAACGAUCUCCUACAGUCUAAGGUGACUAUCACAAUGCCAGUGUACAACAAGUUCCUUGAUCUCUACAUGGCCAACAACAAUGUGGAAAUGGUGCAGCAGAUACUCAACACUAUGAUGAGGCUCGUGCCGCCAAACCCUGUCACAGCCACGACGGUGGUGGACAUGCUUGGCAAGAUGGGCCGCCUUGGUGAGAUGGAGUCAGUUCUGGAAGAGAUGUCGCGCUCCACCAAUGCGGCGCCGACACAGGUGACGUACCACCAGGCGAUGAACGCCUACGCCAAGAGCGGCGAUGUUGCCAAGAUGGAGGCGAUGCGUGCCAAAAUGAAGGAGGAGGGGUUGUGCGAUAAUCAUGUCACGUUCAACAUUCUCGUUGAGGGUUAUGGACGUGCAAAGCGGUAUGAGCACAUUAAGGAGCUGGUGGAGGAGCGUAAAAGCAAGCAAAUCCCGAUGGAGGAGUUUGGCUACGUUGGUCUCCUCAACAUCUACUCACGUGCACGUAUGGUGGAGGAGACGGCAAAGCUCGUAGAGGAGAUGGUUGAGAGCGGUGUGCCCUUCACGAGUCGCAUGCUGGCAACAGUGGCCACGUCCUUCAGCUACAUUGGCGACCUGCCAAAGAUGGAGCACUACGUCUCCCUGCUGCUCUCCCACCCCGACUGCCGCCAACGCGAUGUGGAGUCUGUCUACAUCUUGUACGCAAAGAUGCGGGACACGGUACGGCUACAGGAGCUGCUUGAUACAGAAAAGCUGCCAAAGACCCAGUUUAUCUACAACAUCUGCGUCGCCGCCUUUGCGCGGGCGGCCGAGCACACCAAGGUGGCGACGCUCCUAACGCAGAUGGAGGAGCGGGGGUACAGCCUUACGCGCAACACGAGUGUGACGCUCAGCUCCCUUCUGCUCAAGGCAGGAAAGCUGGAACUGGCGCAGACGGUGCUGAAAUGGAAGGGAUGUGCGCCCAGCAGAAGCGAGAGUGGAGGGGAGGAAGUGGAGGUCGACGCUGAACUUGGUGCGUCCGGCACCGACGCCGACAUUCACACUCACACCGACGCCUCCUCGUCGCUCGAUUCGGAAGCAAUGGAGCUGAAAGCUGCUGCUGUUUGUGUUGGUGGUGGUGGUGUCGUGUAG